CUCUCCCAUUCCCGAUUCGAAAGCCGCAUUGUUUUACUCAUCGCCCAUACACUAUGAAGGAUGGAACUUCCCCUCUUUCGGGACCUGUGUCUUCCGUGGCCGAUCCGCGGGAGGGUCGACUGCUGCGGAUGUCGGUCGUCAUCAUCACGCAUCGCACCUGGACAUUUCCAGCGCCGCGUGCCUAAGUGUUUCGAGAUGACAAGAACUGUGUGAGACUUAGGGGCGCCCGACAGCCGUUCAGAUCCUUCAAAACAAAACAAAGCAUUCAUACAUAAGCUCCCAGAAAGACCCUCAUCAGUAGACUUGAUUAGACUGUCUUUCAGGCUCCCUCAUCUUUCCGUUCCCGUUGCGGAGCAAGGUCCAUGUACCAGUCCACUCGAGCUAUUGGAUCAGAUAGUGUGGCACAAUGCGCUUCAACACCGUCGUCCUGCUGGCAGCGGCGGCAUGUGCUGUGCCCGUUCAGGACAGCCCGAGGCAGCGGCUCCUCGACGGCAAACCUCUCCCUGCCAAAUACCGCAAGAAUGCGGCGCCCCCUUAUACCCCCGGACACCGAGACCCCUAUGACCGGGCGGUAGAUGCCAUUGGCAAGAAGCUGGACCCACUGCCAUACCGCAACGGAGAUGGUGCCUCCGUCUUGGGCCCCUGGAACCGCGAGCGUGCCCGACAAAGCCCUGAUCUCGUCCGGCCCCCAUCAACCGACCACGGCAACAUGCCCAACCUGAGAUGGAGCUUCGUUGACUCACACAUACGCAUCGAGGAAGGAGGCUGGACCCGGCAGACGACCGUCCGCGAGCUGCCAACCAGCAUAGAGCUCGCCGGCGUCAACAUGCGGCUCGACGAAGGCGUCAUCCGCGAGCUCCACUGGCACAAGGAAGCCGAGUGGGCCUACGUGCUCGACGGCAGCGUGCGCGUCACGGCAUUAGACUACGAGGGCGGUUACUUCGUGGACGACCUGUCGCGGGGCGAUCUGUGGUACUUCCCCUCCGGCGUCCCGCACUCGCUGCAAGGCCUGUCGCCCAACGGGACCGAGUUCCUGCUCAUCUUCGACGACGGCCGCUUCUCGGAGGAGUCUACCUUCCUGCUCACCGACUGGCUCGCGCACACGCCGCGCUCCGUGCUCGCCAAGAACUUCCGCGGCCUCCCCGCCGAGGUGUUCGCCCACAUCCCCGAGGCCGAGAAGUACAUCUUCCAGGGCACCAAGCCGGGCUCCAUCUCGCGCGAGAAGCCGUCCGGCAAGCACGCCAAGCCGUCCAAGUACAACUUCACCCACCGCAUGCUCGCCCAGCCGGCGAAGAACACGACGGGCGGGGCCGUGCGCAUCGCCGACAGCGCCAACUUCCCCAUCUCCAAGACCGUCGCCGCCGCGCACCUGACCAUGGCCCCCGGCGCGCUGCGGGAGAUGCACUGGCACCCCAACGCCGACGAGUGGUCCUUCUUCAUCCGGGGCCGCGCAAGGGUGACCGUGUUCGGGGCCGAGGGCGCCGCGCGCACCUUCGACUACCAGGCCGGCGACGUGGGGAUCGUGCCCAAGAACAUGGGCCAUUUCGUCGAGGUCGUCGGCGACGAGGAGGUGGAGAUGCUCGAGAUCUUCCGCGCCGACGAGUUCCGGGAUUUCUCGCUGUUCCAGUGGCUCGGGGAGACGCCCAGGAGGAUGGUGGUGGAUACGCUGUUUGCUGGAGACAAAAAGGCCGGGGAGCGUUUCCUGAAGAGUAUUGAAGAUGCCGGCAAGGAUGAGAUUACGCUGCCUCCGGCUGGUGAUGAUGAUGAGGAAGAGGAGACUGAGUUGUGAAAGGCGUGCAAAGCCGGAAAGGUGCGGGUUGGUAUCCUGAAGCAAGGAAAAGGAGCUGAGUGUCAUCAUGCAUUCAAGUUACGAAUAGAAUGAACUAUGGU